AUGAUGAAAAGCGUCGCCCGUCUGCUCACAACCUCCGCAUCGCGUGGUGUUGCCCGCUCGUCUGUCCUCGCUGGCCGCAGCGUGGCCGCCUGCGCUGUUGCCUCCAGCUCGCGCAUGACCGCUGGCUCCGCUCUGUCUAUUCGCGCCCUGAGCACGUCGACGCCGAUGCGCGCCAAUGGGGCGAUCGACAGCGAUCUGGCACACACCCUGGGCGAGGAGAUUGAGUACGAGGCCAAGCAGGCUGCUGAGGAGGGCGAGCCCGAGUUCAUCCAGGCCUUCACCAACAAGACUGGGUUCAAGCUCAAGACCAAGCUCGGCGACAGCCAGGUCGUGAUGACCAAGCAGUUUGGCAACGAGACCAUUACCGUGUCGUUUGAUGUGAGCGAGAUUCUCAACAUCGACGACCCCAUUGCUGACAUUUCCGUUUACCGCGAGAAUGAGCAGGGUGACGCCGUCAAGGAGGCCGAGAAGAAGGCCGAGGACGCCCCCGAGGACUUCCCCAUCUACUUCACCGCUACGUUUGCCAAGCCCGGAGCACCAGUGCUGCACAUGGAGCUCGAGUGCGAGGAGGGCGAGAUUGGCGUCGACCACAUGAAGUUCCUGCCCGACGAGGAGUCGGCGAUUGCAAAGACCCUGGAGAAGGACUGGGUCCGCAAGCAGGUGUACUGCGGCCCCAUCUAUGGCCAGCUCAGCGACGACCUCAAGGAGAACAUUGACGAGUUCUUGGUGGAGCGCAACGUCGACACUGCGCUGACCCUGUUCAUGCAGGACUUUAUUGAGUACAAGGAGCAGGGCGAGUAUCUGCACUGGCUCAAGAACUUUAAGAGCUUCAUUGACGCCUAA